CUUUGUACUGGGCUUAAAGAAUUACCAAAGAAGAUUGAAAAAUUGGUGAAUCUUACCCAUCUUGGGUGUGAAGGUUGUUUUAGUUUAACUCAUAUGCCACGUGGAAUAGGGAAGCUGACUUCACUUUAGACGUUAAGCAUGUUUGUAGUGGAUAAAGAUGGGUCCCAUGGCGGUGCAGAUCUAAGUGAAUUGAGACUGCUUAACAACUUAAGGGGACGCCUAACAAUACGAAAUUUGGGAUCCGUAAAAAAUGCAAAAGAGAAGUUUAAGGCUGCUAAUUUGAAAGAGAAGCAACAUUUGAGCUCGUUGCAUUUGGAAUGGAAUGUCGAUAAUGAUGAUGAAGAUGAUAAUGUGAAGUCACUUGAAGACCUCCAGCCCCAUCCUAAUCUCAAGGAGCUCUAUAUUGCAGGAUGGAGGGGUGAUGCCAAGUUUCCAAGUUGGCUUUCUUUGCUCACAAAUCUCGUUGAUAUGAGAAUAUAUGGGGGUAAAUUCAAACAUCUCCCAUCCUUUGCUCAAUUUCCCUGUCUUCAAGAUUUGGUAAUUUGUGAUUUAACUGAGCUGGAGUACAUGGAUGAUAAUAGCCCAAAAGGAAGUCAAGGAGAACCACAAUCAUUCUUCCCAUCACUUAAGCAUCUUUCGCUCUUGGACUGUCCGAAUAUGAAGAAUUGGUGGAGGACGACAAAACCAAUCGAUGAUGAUUCCAACGAGGAAGACACAACAGUUAUUGGAACAUCAACCAUGGCAUUUCCUUGUCUUUCAUCUUUAAAAAUUAAAAAUUGCCCUUUGACUUUAAUGCCACUGUAUCCAUCAGUCGAUGAAGAUCUAAUGUUGUCGAAUACCAGUUCAAGGGCGUUAAAGCAGACCAUGAAGAUGAACAUCACUAGUACGACCCCAUCAACUUCAACCUCUUCUCUUCCACUCUCCAAAUUGAAAUCUUUCGAUGUACGCAACAUUGAGUGGUUGGACACUCACACGCUAGAUGAGUGCCUGCAACAUCUCGCCAGCCUCAAAAGAUUAACAAUAAGAGAUUGCAAGGAGGUUGAUUUAGAGGGCAUGCAAUGGGAACCCCUUAAGAAUCUCUCUCAUUUGGAGAUUGAUAAUAUUCCAAAACUGGUGUCUCUCCCCAUUUGGCUUCAACAUCUUGUUCAAUUGAAAACAUUAAAAAUUCAUAACUGCAAUGGAUUGAGGUCACUGCUUCCUGUGUUCCAACAUCUCACUUUCCUUGAAGAGUUUGAAGUAAAGGAUUGCAAGGAGCUGGAGUUAUCUGCAGCUGGCAUCCAAAUAUUCCAAGAUCAUACAAGCCUACGCUCUCUAAGGCUGCAAAAUAUUCCAAAGUGUCGGCAUCUUCCGGAGGGGCUUCAACAUCUAACAAAUCUGCAAGGGCUUUAUCUCGUUAAUUUGCCCAAUUUAACAUCUCUUCCGGACGAGAUGCGUUGCCUAACCAGUUUGAAGUCUUUACAAAUACAAGAAAUUCCUCAGUUGGAGGAAACAUGUCGGAAGGACAUUGGCGCUGAUUGGCAAAAGAUUGCUCACAUCCCCAACAUUCGGUUGAUUCAGGUUGGUCCCUCUUUGUUAUUUAUUUAUUUUGAUGACCUUAUCUUUUUUUGAAGAAAAAUAAGUGGUAUAUUGAAUCUCCAAGUCAGGGGUCUGAUGCCAUUUUUCAUUGAAGUUGGAUACUGUUAAUUUCCUUGUUAAAAUCUCUUUGUUUUAAUCCUACUUUUUACUUAUCAUCUUUCAUAAUAUUUUUGGUGAU